AUGCCGAAGAAGGGGCUCAAGAAGCUGCACGCCAAGGAUGCGCUCGACUUCUUCAACCAGGUCAUGGUGGAGCAGCCCCUGCUGCCGUUCCUCAUCCCGCUCGGCCUCUUCGCCUGGUUCGUCGAGCGCUGGGUCGUACCCUUCUCCAACUGGGUGCCCCUCGCCGCCGCCGUCUGGGCGACCAUUCAGUAUGGCAGGUUUAAACGGAAGAUGGCUGUAGAAGAUUUGAACAAAAGAUGGAAGCACCUUAUACUGAACACAACACCUACCACUCCAAUAGAGCCUUGCGAGUGGUUGAACAAACUUUUGAUUGAAGUUUGGCCCAACUACAUGGAGCCAAAACUAUCAAAGAAGUUCCAAUCUACUGUCGAGAGACGCUUAAAGAAUCGAAAACCAAAACUGAUAGAUAAAAUAGAAUUACAGGAAUUCUCACUCGGUUCUUGCCCACCUACCUUGGGAGAGCAGGGUAUGCGCUGGAUGACUUCAGGUGAACAGCAAGUCAUGUCCUUGGGUUUUGAUUGGCACAGCAAAGAGAUGAGUGUGAUGUUUAUGGCGAAAUUAGCGAAACCUCUGAUGGGCACUGCUCGCAUUGUUAUAAACAGCAUCCACAUCAAGGGAGAUCUUCUACUGAGUCCCAUUCUUGAUGGCGAAGCUGUCCUCUACUCUUUUGAAUCUACUCCAGAAGUCAGGAUAGGUGUAGCAUUUGGAAGUGGUGGAAGCCAAACAGUUCCUGGUAUGGAGUUACCGGGUGUCUCAACAUGGCUGGUAAAGCUUUUGACUGAAACAAUAGCCAAGACAAUGGUUGAGCCUCGCCGUCUCUGCUUUUCUUUGCCACCAGUAGAUCUGAAGAAACAAGCAGUUGGUGGUGUUCUUUCUGUUACUGUUGUUUCAGCUAGUAACCUUGGCAGAAAGAGCAGAACUAAUGAGUUAGGGAAUCAGCAAAGCUCAAGUGGAAGCACUACACCUGGGACUCCUCUUAACAGGAAGGCACAUACAUUUAUUGAGGUGGAAGUUGGCACUUUGAUGAGAAAAACAACUACUUGUGAGGGUCCAAAUCCUACAUGGAAUAGCACAUUUAACAUGGUACUGCAUGGAGAGACAGGUUUUGUCAAGUUUCUUCUGUAUGAACUGGAUUCCGAUGGUGUCAAGUAUAAUUACCUAACAAGCUGUGAGAUAAAGGUCAAGUAUGUUUUAGAUGGUUCAACAAUAUUUUGGGCUAUAGGACAUAAUGAUGGUGUGGUUGCAAGGCAUGCUGAGCAUUGUGGAAAAGAAGUUGGAAUGGUGGUUCCAUUUGAGGAGGAUAUCACAGGCGAGUUAACUGUCAGUCUUGUGCUAAAAGAAUGGCAAUUCUCUGAUGGGUCGGUUACAUUGAGUAACUCUCUGAGCAAUGAAUUUCAAUGUUCCAUUGAUGGAUCACCGAAGCUUCAGUCAAGGACAGGAAGGAAGCUCAGAGUCAAAGUAGUGGAGGGUAGGGCCCUUGCAGUAAACAGUAAAUCUGGGAAAUGUGAUCCUUAUGUGAAACUCCAGUAUGGAAAGGCUUUAUACAGAACAAAGACACUCUCUCGUACGGCCCAACCAGUUUGGAAUGACAAGUUUGAAUUUGAUGAGAUUGGUGGUGGUGAAUAUCUGAAGGUCAAAUGCUAUAAUUUAGACACAUUCAGUGAUGAUAGCAUUGGCAGUGCAAGAGUAAAUCUGGAGGGACUUCUAGAUGGUGCUAGCCGAGAUGUCUGGGUACCACUUGAAAAAGUAGAUUCAGGAGAGAUCAGGCUCGAAAUAGAGGCAAUAUCAAAUGAUCACAACGACAGUCUGAAGAGAUCAAGCAGUAAAGUUGAAGCUGGCUGGAUCGAGCUAGUAAUAAUUGAGGCUAGGGAUCUUGUUGCUGCUGAUCUUAGAGGAACUAGUGAUCCAUAUGUCAGGGUGCAAUAUGGGAACAAGAAGAAGCGAACCAAGGUCAUUUACAAGACGCUGGCUCCAAACUGGAACCAGACAUUUGAGUUUGCAGAAACUGGAGAACCCCUGAUCCUGCAUGUCAAGGACCAUAACGCGGUCCUUCCAACCGCCAGCAUAGGCAACUGCACCGUCGAAUACAGCAUGCUUUCUCCGAAUCAACCCGCCGACAAAUGGAUACCGCUGCAAGGAGUGCGGAGCGGAGAAAUCCACGUGAAGAUUGCCCGAAGAGUUGCAGCAGACUCGGCAAAGAAAACCAGCCUGCUGACAGACGCGUCCGCCCUUGGCAAAGGACACAAGAUAUCAGCACAGAUGAGAGACAGCCUGAAGAAAUGCUCGGGCUUGGUUGACGAUGGCGGCGAUGCGGAGGCGCUGUCGCUGGCCCUGACGGAGGUGGAGAGCGUCCAGGACGAGCAGGAUCUGUACAUACAGCAGCUGGAGCGGGAGAAGGCCCUGAUGCUGCAAAAGAUACACGACCUUGGUUCUGAAAUCGUCAGGACAUCCUCCGGUCCUGCAAGGACCUCUUGCUAG